ACGAGUUCCUGGCGUCAGUAGGACGAGUUCCUGGCGUCAGUAGGACGAGUUCCUGGCGUCAGUAGGACGAGUUCCUGGCGUCAGCGGGACGAGUUCCUGGCGUCAGUAGGACGAGUUCCUGGCGUCAGUAGGACGAGUUCCUGCCGUCAGUGGGACGUGUUCCAGACGUCAGCAGCACGUGUGCCUGGCUUCAGUCGGAUGUUCUUGGCGUCAGUAGGCUGUGUUCUUGGCGUCAGUAGGCUGUGUUCUUGGCGUCAGUAGGCUAUUUUCCUGGCGUCAGUCGGCUGUGUAAGGAAGCGUAUUUAACAAUGUACGCAAAUGAAUACAACAUGUUUCAUUUCAAGAGGGAAAAGAUCAUUCUUUAUAUGGGCUCUAAUGAUGUGACAAAUUAUAUAUCAUUCUCAAAUCAUGCCACACACAUAGAAACAGCUAAUUGAUGAUUUGUACAGGUUUGUAUUGGUUGAUCUCAUAGGUUCCUAUGCUUUUUAUUUUUUAUUCGCCUCCCUUGUAUGGAAGCUCUAUGAAACGGGACCCUACUUUAACAAAGCAAAGUAAACUUUAAAUAAAAACUGCAUAAUUCGAACAUGUGUCAGUUAAGUGUAAAGUCGCAUAAAUAUCUGCACUAGUUUGAACAAGUGUGUUCAUAAUGAGUUUAUGGCCUCUAUUGUUUAAGUAUACUUAUCGUAACAUGUUUUUUUUGUGUGUCAAAUAUGAACAUUACUGAAUCAAUAUGUUCAUAAAAAAAGCAUAAAUACAUUCAUCGUGGGCCCUCAAAAUAUAGAAGAAGAAGAAAACCAACCUACCUUCACAGUCCAUUUGAAUUCCAGUCAGGCUUCUCCAUUAAAAAAAAUUAACAUUUGAACUUGCGGGAUGUGUGUAGGUUUAUUCCUUUCUGUUUUCAAUCAACACAUCGUCAUCGUUGUGCGUCCAUUCUCCGGGCACAGUUCAUUCAAUACAAAGGUUUACGAUAAAUUAAGCUGAGUAACUUGACGUCACUUCCUCUAAUGAAAGGAGUUCAAUAGACAUGACGCCAUCCGUUCGUGGGAUACCCAUUUUUUAGAGAUUUUGUAGCAUUUACAUAUUUUGUUUCUUAAAAAUUUUUUUUCUUUGAGUCUUCAUUUAUUUCCAAGUUUUUAAUAGUACCGCUGCAAACUUAUUUUAGCGGAAGUAAAACGCAGCCCUUGAAUUUGUAAAUCAUUGUUUUUCAAAAAUUAAAAAAAAUCUGCGGGUCGGUGGAAAUAAGAAAAAAAAAUAAUAUUUUUAUUAUGUUAUGAUACCUAAAGUGAACAUUUUAAUUACAAUAUUUUUUUUACAACAUAACAAAAAAUAAUUGUAAACACAAUGACCUUUUUGAAAUGAAAUAUCCGGAAUGGGUGCUCAGCUGGCUCCUCUGAAAGGCAGCGAUGCUCGGAUCACUCACCACGAGCGGACAAUUUAAUAGUUUUCACCGAGGAUACCUUAGUCGCAUUACACACUUCCGAUUGCAGGACAACGUGCCUACUGCCGAGGUUCUAGAGCGUGCCGAAUUUGGGACGUCUUAGUGAGAAACGGUUUCGCUGGCCACGCAAUGUCAAGGUCAUGGACACAUGGGUCACAGUCUCAAGGACCUGCCUAAACCGGGAACGAGCAGAGGUUGGGGGGGGGGAGGCAAGACAAAUCGGACGGCCGUGUAAGAUUGCAGAUGACCGCCGGUGAACAUCGGUGAAAAUGUGCGUCUUAUGGAAAGGCCGAAGAAAACCACCCGUCAAGGUUUCUCCUAGGAAAAGUGGGGCCGAGACUUCCACUCCAGGGUCGGUCUGAUGAGUCGCUCGUGGAGCUUUCAAUAAGAAAAGAAGAAGCUGGACCAUCAUCUCCUGAAGAUAGAAGGACGCCAACGACUUUGUUGGUUUGUGGAAUCACGUUAAAGUGCUCAUGUAUCUGAUGUGUGGGAUUUCGCUAAAGUGCUCAUGCAUCUGAUGUGUGGGACGCCGCUGAGCUGUUGUCGUCUCUAAUCACAUUAGUCUCUAAUCUUUCAAAAUACGCUGGGCUCUCAAAUGGCCGAUUAUGUGAAAGUGUGUCGUGAAAUUUAUAAUCAAAUGUGAUAUUAUAAUGUUUAUUUAAAUAAAGUGCGUUUUGACACAUUUGGGAAAAAAUGGUGGGUGGGGGGUAGUUAAAAAGUUUUUAUUUUGGACCACUCAAGAUAUUUCACUGCAUACAAUUCAAAGCUCUUGUAAGUAUGCCUGGGGCUUUGAUUCCCUCACCCCCCACCCCCACCCAAAAAUGACCUAGGUGCACAAAUAAUUAUCCCUCCCCCAUUCAUUAUUGUGCAUAAACAAUAGCAGUCUGCGGAGAGAGUACAACUUCAAGGUGCGUAUUAAUAAAGUUAUAAAUAGAUUAUGACGUCGAGAAAUGUGUGCUUCUCUUUGGUUUACAAAAAUCAGUGAGCGGUUCUCAUAAUUCUUUUACUUUAAUGAAUAUAUAAUCCCUAUAAAGGGGAACCGUCUUUUUUUUAACUUUAACAGAACAAUAUGGACAAUGAAGGCUGUGUUAGAGUCUGGUGAACCUAAAGUUAUUUGCAUUUGGUCAGUCGGUGAACAAAUUUAUCAAUUUAAAUUACGUUUUAACCACAGCCUUGCUUGAGAAUCACUCCAUGACCACCCCAACCCCCAACUUACAUCAAAAUUGUAUAGAUUAUAUUUAAUUGUAGCUAUGCUUCAUACCAUAUCUACUACUACAACUUCACUAACAAAUGUCAUUAAUUAGAACUGCCCUUAGGUAUAAGUACAACGUCUAGGUGUUUCAACGUUCGGUACUUUUGUGACGCUACUUACACAAACACUACCUUAAAAAAAAUAAAAUCGAUUGAAACUUCCAUAUCUGUUUCACUUGUGAAUCUGUGAAUCUUUAUCUUUGCCACAAUCAGGGGAUCCUUGAGACCAGCCAGGAAAGGUUUUAUUUGGAUAUAAUGCCGUAUAACAUUACAGCAGUCGAUCAAGUUUGGUGUUCUUCAUAAUACAGCUGAAUAUGUCACAUCAGGGGCCAUGGGGUUCACAAUAGAUAACAGAUUUUAUAGUGAUUUGAUAGCCCACAAGGCGACGUGAACAGUCAGUGGCUGUUAUUAGUAUCCGUCUUUUUUGUUUAUUCUCUGUAUUCAUUUAGUUGCGUUUUGUUGUAUAACCGUUAAUAGAGGAUAUGGUUUUCUUGAAUAACUUUGUAUAGAGUUCGUGCCGUUCUGUUGAAUAGCUUUGUAUAGAGUUCGUGCGGGUUCACUGCAUCUAUUUGUUUAGAGUAAGCGUGUGCUUGUUGAUAUUAUUUCACUGAUGUUGUUUUUUGCUUCAGAAAACUUGAAAGUGAAUUCUCCGCACAGGUCACUUAAUUAGAUCACAUAUAAAGGUACGGUGUUCAACAUAUGAUAGGAGUUGUAUUUUUUCCUGUAAAUCAAAUAAUUAAAACUUUUAUAAUUUCAAGUCAGGAUCUUUGUAAUGGCCUGUAUAAUUAACAACUUAUUUUGUAUUAGUUCCGUUGAAUGUUUAGUCUUGUUGCAAAUUAUUAAGGAACAAAAAAAUGUAGAUGCAUUUAACGCAUGCAACAAAAAUAAUUAUACAUUAUAUCAACUGUGGUCAUUUUUUUAAAAAGCAAGAAAUUUUAUACGGUCCGAUAAUACGUUGAAACUAAUUUUCAAAAGACUUAUUUUAAAAUGUAAGAGAGACUUCUGUUGUUGUUUUUUUUUUUUUUUUUUUUUAACUGAAAAUUCCACUGUUUCAAGUUGGCAUCGAAGUAAGGUUUUAACGUGACUUUUUUAAGCUAAAUGUUGCAGAUAGCUGUCUCGCGUUCUUUACGGUGCUACCAUUUCUAAAAGCAAGAAAUUUUAUACGGUCCGAUAAUACGUUGAAACUAAUUUUCAAAAGACUUAUUUUAAAAUGUAAGAGAGACUUCUGUUGUUGUUUUUUUUUUUUUUUGUUUGUAACUGAAAAUUCCACUGUUUCAAGUUGGCAUCGAAGUAAGGUUUUAACGUGACUUUGUGAAGCUAAAUGUUGCAGAUAGCUGUCUCGCGAUCUUUACGGUGCUACCAUUUCGAACGUUAUCAUUAUCUGCACAAGUUAUCUGCGCAAGUUAUCCGUAGAAGUUAUCUGUAGAAGUUAUCUGUAGAGGUUAUCUGUAGAAGUUAUCUGUAGAAGUUAUCUGUAGAAGUUAUCUGUAGAAGUUAUCUGUAGAAGUUAUCUGUAGAAGUUAUCUGUAGAAGCUAUUUCAGCGCAGCUGUGAACGUAGACACGACAGAGCCAGGCCCCAGAGCAAAUGUCUCACAGAGUAAGUCUCUCCGAGCCACCAGAAACAGACCUGGAGUACUAUGCCAAACCUGAGAACUAUACCGGAAGUAGCCUACAUUCAAUGACACGGUGAGUGCAGCCACCAGACCAGUGUUGUUUUUUUUUACAACAGGAUAAAGUAAAAUGUAAAAUGUCAGUUGUAACAUGUAGAAUGUAAUCUGCUAAAUUUAAUAUGUAACAUGUAAUAUAUAAAUUGUAAUACGUAUAAUGUAAUGUAUCAAAUGUAAUAUGUAAAAAGUAUUAUGUUAAAUUUAAUACGUAAAAUUUUAUAUGUAAAAUGUAAUAUCUUCAAAGAUUGUAGGUAGUUGUAACAUAAAAGAUUUUAAGUAAAAUGGGCAGCAAAAUCACUGAGAGUCAAUUUUCAUAUCUCAUUUGAGCGAUAGAAAUAACCCUUAACACUAUAAAAGUGCAUGCAUUGGACCACACAAAAAAAAACCCGAAAAUUUUUUUUGGAUGAACAGCGCAUUUCAAAAAUUAAUUCAUCCAACACUUGCUGAUAAUGCAAUAAAAUCUGUAAUUGUAACAGCUUUUUGUAGCAUGGCAAUUUUGAAAGUUUUAAGAGUUCCUCUAUUUGUUUCAUGAAGACUGAACUAUAGUAUAAGAGUGUUGGACAACGAUAAAGCUUUUAAAUAGAUUAAUUAGACACGAACAAUUUGUGCCAAUAAAACAAUAUAUGGUAAACUUUAACUAGCAUCUCCCUAAGGCUCUUGUCUCCCUAAGGCUCUUGUCUCCCUAAGGCUCUUGUCUCCCCAGAAAGCGAAGAGAGAAGGUUCUGACUGAGAUUUUUAGAAAACCUCCUCUUUUCGCUUUCCAGAGGGACGAGAGCUUAGGGAAAUGCUAGUUAGAAGCCACCUCCCUGCUAUUAAAGCACUUAGAGAGACCAAAAGUUGCAACUGUAGCCGUUGAAAUACUUGUCCCCACGUGAUUUAUGUUGAUAAGAUUAGUUUCCCUCUGGAAAUAUUCAGAAUAAAAGAUGGCUUAACCUGCACAAGUCGCAACGUGAUUUACACCAUCCUUUGAAAAAGAAAAAAUGCGGUAAAUUAUACGUAGGAGAGACAGGCCUUCGCCUUGGAGACCGGUUUAGAGAACACCUCCAUACAUAAAUAAACAAUCUCACUGUCCGGUCUUCAAACAUUUCAAUAGCACUAACCAUGAUGUAAUUUUCGCCACCGCAGUUAAUGGUAUACUGUAUGCUACUAACACAAAGGAUAUAAUCAAUAUGGAGAAUUAAUUAAUAACAAGAUUUGUUACGUUGACUCCAUACGAGAUAAACAAAAAUCCACAAUUUUACGUAGCUGCCAUGUCUUUUUUUUCCAUUUUUUUUUUUUUUUUUCUUUUUUUUUUAAAUCACUUCCUUUCCAUUUUUCUUUUUUUUUUUUUUGUUUUGUUUUUGCGCCCACUCUUUUUUUUUCUUUAUUUUUUUUUUAAUCAAUAUGGAGAAUUAAUUAAUAACAAGAUUUGUUACGUUGACUCCAUACGAGAUAAACAAAAAUUCACAAUUUUACGUAGCUGCCAUGUCUUUUUUUUCCAUUUUUUUUUUUUUUUUACAUUUUACUUCAAAUCACUUCCUUUCCAUUCUUCUUUAUUUUGUUUCUGUCUGGUUUUUGCGCCCACUCUUAUUUUUUCUAUAUUUUUUUUUAGAUAGGAUAUAUGUAUACAUUUAUUAUUUACAUUUAAUUUAUAUUUAUUUAAAUGUUUUGUUGUCAUACUGAUGAAGGCGUGUGCCGAAACGCUUCUUUGUGUAUUACGUAAAAUUAUCAUUGACGCUUACCAUAUAUUGUUAUAUGGACACAAAUGGUUCGUGUCUAAUUAUUCAGACUGACCCAUAACUGACGUAAUAAAGCCAAGAGUAUGCUACUUACGAAUACGUAUUAAAAACGCAAUCUGCGUUACUUGUAUUUUAAAACAUUCACACAGGUAACGCACUUUAUGAAACUCCCUAUUAGUGCGCCCCUCUCAAGGCUCACAACCGCACAAUUUCUUUACGAACCUGAACUAUAUUAAUAUUCUAAUGGCCCACCCCCUUUUACACUGCUGAUUUAUUUCACCAAAAAUUUUACAAAAACAAAAGAAAAUAUUAUGCACCAGACGAAAAAUUAAAAAAAAAAAAAGAAUCUAAUUUAGCGCAAUUAUCUGGAAUUUUAUUUUAUCGUACCCUUGAAAAACAGGAACAACUGAAUUUGGGGUUUGGGGUGGGGCUGAAAAUGUUUAAAGAAUGUGUUCUCGGUGGCAACGAGUCUAUGUGCCAAGUUUCAGCUGGAUAGCUUGAAAGGAAGUGGGUCGAUUAGCCAUCCGAAUAUUAUUUCCACCCCGCCACGAACAAAAGCGAAGUUAAUAUAAAGGAUUUAAAAACACGAUACAAUGCCAGGGCAAUAGACACAUUUUGUUUACUUAUCACAGCCCGGCCCCGACUUUUUACAGAUUCAUAGCCAGGUUGUGACACAGUGACUUAAUUAUUAAUACAUAUCAAAUAAGAAAAGGUAAUAUAUUUAUAUUUAAUUUAAUAACUUAACUGUUUCAUUACACAACAUAUAACAAAGAUAUAAAUCUGAUGCAACACACAUUAAAGACUGUUUGAAUGCAACAUAAUAGAUCACACAUUAAAAAAUGUCUAAAAACGACAUAAUAGAUCAAACAUUAAACACUGUCUGAACACAACAUAAUAAAUCACACAUUAAACAAUGUCUGAACACAACAUAAUAGAUCACACAUUAAACACUGUCUGAACACAACAUAAUAGAUCACACAUUAAACAAUGUCUGAACACAACAUAAUAUAUCACACAUUAAACGCUGUCUGAACACAACAUAAUAGAUCACACAAUAAACACUGUCUGAACACAACAUAAUAGAUCACACAUUAAACACUGUCUGAACACAACAUAAUAGAUCACACAUUAAACACUGUCUGAACACAACAUAAUAGAUCACACAUUAAAAACUGUCUGAACACAACAUAAUAGAUCACACAUUAAACACUGUCUGAACACAACAUAAUAAAUCACAAAUUUAACACUGUCUGAACACAACAUAAAAGAACACACAUUUAACACUGUCUGAACACAACAUAAAAGAACACACAUUUAACACACUUCAUCGCUACAAGUUUUAUAUUUCAACCUCAACAUUUUACACGAUGCUAAUUAUUGACAUCCCCCUUCCCCCCAUUUCAUGGGCGCGGAACUGAAUGGGUCAUUGAUUGAUUGCCUGACGAUACACUAACAGCUACUUCAAACAAAUCACGGUUCCAUUGAAGCGGCACGCGCUCCAGGGGGGCAUGUGCAUAAGAGUUUUUUUGUUUUUUUUAAAAAGGGCUUUUAAGUACCGUAAUUAAAAUAGAAACGAGGUGAAAUAAGUAUGUUUGAGUUUAAAAAAAAUUGUCAAUUUUGUUUUUGUGGGUUUUCUAGGAAACACACACACAUUUUCUUGAAGAAAAUGAAUAAAAGUUGAAACAGAGACGCUUUGAAAUUAAAUCAAAUAUUUUUAUAUUGUUAAAAAUUGUAAGACAUAAAGUAAGUGGUGGAGCAUCAGUACAUAAACGAGUAAAAUAAUGAACUACUGCAAUGUACAGGCUACAACACGAACCUAAUACAUCCGUUACUCACCCGUCAAAACAUUCCUAUAAUUGUAUCUUAAUAUUCAGCUUUAUCGGUACUCUUUAAGUUAUUUUAAAAUACUAAAAUAAUAUAUAUAUAUAUAAAUUAUAUUAUAUCCCGCUACCCUGGUAUGCUUAAGGGCCAGUUACUCAGCUAGAACUGUUAGACAGUACCUGUGUUAGAACUGUUAGACAGUACCUGUGUUAGAACUGUUAGACAGUACCUGUGUUAGACAGUACCUGUGUUAGAACUGUUAGACAGUACCUGUGUUAGAACUGUUAGACAGUACCUGUGUUAGAACUGUUAGACAGUACCUGUGUUAGAACUGUUAGACAGUACCUGUGUUAGAACUGUUAGAAAUUACCUGUGUUAGAACUGUUAGACAGUACCUAUGUUAGACAGGCUUCAUUUUUUUUUUCCGUUUCUUUCGUGCACUUCGUUAAGUUCCUUUGGCAGAAGAGUGAAAGUUCUUUCAUGUAAGAAUUAUCUUGCCUAAAUUAUUGUGAAGAUCGAAUUAAACUCAAUUUCAUUAACAUUAUAAGAAGUGAUUAUUUCAGAAAUUUCCCCCCGGGGGGGGGGACACUUCAGAUUUUUUUUUUGGGGGGGGGGGCAGUGCCGGCAGUGCCAGUAGAUUUAUUGUUGGACAUAUUUUUGCUCCGUGGAGCACUUGGCUUUCCCCCGGGGGGGGGGGGGUGAUCCCCCCCCGGGGAUAUAACUGAAAGAGACCCUGAUUAUAAAACUCGUAACAGGUCUUUAUACAUUUGUCUACUCAACAGUUUUAUGAUUGCAAAAAGCAGAGAGAACUCUCACAUAAAAAGACCAUCCAAGAAAAGGAAGAAGCUCAGUGACAAGGCCAUUUUGUAUCAAAGAUACCACCACAUACUGCCGGCUGAAUUCUACAAUCCCUCAUCCCGCAGCCUGUCAGAGUGUGAGUCGGAUGGCGAACAGACUAGUCCAGCUUUAGAGAGCACCAACUUCUCUUUCAGCACCACAAACAGUCUGUAUUCUUCUAGAAACGGUUGUUAUAUAAGUGAAAAAAAAUCUCUGGCCGGUCGGAUCUGCAGUCAAGAUGGAAGUACUUUACAAGUUCUUAAAAAUUCGGACCAGCACCAAGGAACACUUACUAUCUUACCUAUUAAUGAAAUAGCCAAACGUUUAGAGAUUUUGGAUAGGAGAACGGACAAUACUCAAGACAGACCUUUCUCAUCAUUUGAACAUUUUCAGAAGAAUGAUAGGGUAUUGCAACGAAAAGGUACAUUGAAUGAACAAAAUUUCCAUAUAUAUAUAUUUAAAACGGUCUCAUUUAUCAGUUACUACACGUGAGAACAGAUGAGUACCUGGGAAAAUGUGUCAUAUAUGAAAGUAGUAGCGGUAUCACACCAUCUCCAACUAUAGUCCACUAGUCUCUAAUCAUCUCUUUGCUGACCUAAUUAUUCUUUUUCUACAUUCUCAAUUUUCUCUUCCUCUUUCUGUUUCAUCAUACGUUCUUCUUCUACAUCGUCUCAUUUUCUUGAUUUAUUUCUCUCCAUCUUCUAUCACAUGUGGAUGUUAAAAAAAACCUGUGAUUCGAUGUGAUUCGAUGUGAUUCGAUGUCAUUGGGUUGAAAUAUGAAAUGAACGAAACACCAGGCCGAUAUUUCCUGUGUGUUUAACCACAACACCAUUUGCUUCCAAUAAACAUGAAAACAGCUAAUUAUUUUAACCGUUUAUAAAGUAGCAUUUCAUUUGUUCUUUGAUGCAUGCCUACUAAUUUGUCUUUUAAAAGGGAAUAAAAUAAUUUACAAUUUCCGUCAGAGGAAAUUCAGGUCUGAAAUAUUUGAAGAUUAUUAAUAAUUUUUAUUACCAGUUUUAAAUAUGAAUUCUUUAGUUUUCAUCCAAAAAACUGAAACAGAUCCACAACCUUCAAUGUUCUAUGUCCCCAGCUUUCAAUGUUCCAUUCAAAAAACUUUCAUUAUUCCAUAUAAAUAGCUUUCAAUGUUCCAUAAAAAAACAAUUUAAAUGUCCAAUAUCCACAACUUUCAAUGUUCCAUAUUCACAACUUUCAACGUUACUUAUCCAUAGUUGUCAAAGUUCCAUAUGAACAACUUUCAAUGUUCCAUAUCCACAACCUUCAACGUUACUUAUCCAUAAUUGUCAAAGUUCCAUAUGAACAACUUUCAAUGUUCCAUAUCCACAACUUUCAACGUUACUUAUCCAUAAUUGUCAAAGUUCCAUAUGAACAACUUUCAAUAUUUCAUUUACAAAAAUCAAUGUUCCAUAUCCGCAAUCUCCAAUGUUCCAUAAACAAAACCUUCAAUCUUACUUAUCCACAACUUUCAAAGUGUCCAUAUCAAAGAGUGUUAAUGUUCUAUAUCCUCCCCCCCCCCCCCCCCCCCCCACAGAGUGACUUGACAUUUCUCGCGUGUUGGAGAUCCAUUACUUACUAGUUGUUACUGCUAACCUUUCUACCACCAGAUUCUACUGGACCUCCUCCAUCUCUCAGGUCCAAAUCUGCACUGCCCACAUGGGGACGAAGAGGGAGUCUUGUGUCGGCAAGUGACGGCUUGGGCAAAGGCAAGCUGGUCUACACGCCCAGUGAUCCUCAACGUAAAGCGGUGAGCCCUAAACAACGUUAUAUGAUCUUUGUCACCAUAUCCAUGGAUAUUGAUAUUUUGGGGUGCCUUUAUUUUAUCUAUAAAACACUCAUCGGCAGACAUCGCUGGGGUGAAGAGAAAAAGAAAACAAUUGAAAAUGUUUACAUUCACUGAAGGCCCCACCAAAAAAUCGAUCGUCUAUUAUAUACAUUCUCCUUUAAAUAAUGGUAGUUAAUGACAAUAAUAUAAGCCCAAACUCUACAACUUGAGAAUAGUUUUAUAUUUCUAGGAAUUUUCUUAUUUGUCUUUGUUUCUUUGUUUGCUAUCUUUCCUCUUUUUUAUGGAGCAGGUGGUCAUACCAACUUUGUCUUUUUUUCUAUCUACAACACGGAAACUAUUGGGUAUCGAUACUUAUGGCUAGAGACACUUUACACAGUGACAUUUUGUUGACAAAUUCCCCAAGCCUUAGCUCCCAUUCUUUACACAGUGACUGGCGUCCCAUCCAUGUGAGAACCUUUUGUCAACGUUUCGUCAAAAUUUUUUUUUUUUUAACGUGUAAGAAAUCCAUUUAUUGAAUGCCUCUACCAAGGAUAAAUAUAUUUUCUCCGCGUUAUAAAUAACAUCUAUCAGGGGCGUGUACUCUAGUCGUGUUUACAGCAGAACAUUUUUGGUAAAAAGCUUAGAUUGCGUACCUCGUUUGAAGAUACUGAUCUUCCACCGAGCGCCUCCCCAGGUGGCGGUAGGUGAAAGCCCUCCAAAUAUGUGAAAGAUUAUGCGCUUUGCGUAUGCGAGGGAAAAUGUUCAACAUAGCAUUUAUAAAUGUUCAUGAUCCCAUCGAAGAUACGGAAGGUCACAUAAAAGAAUCCUUUCAUGAGAUGCUGGAAAAGAUCUGUGACGAGGCAACAAAACAUCAAAUUAAAUUAGUGAUUGGAGACUUCAAUGCCAAAAUAAGGAAAGAACAAUUAUUUAUGCCAACUAUUGGCAAGGAGGGUCCACUUAAAGAAUUCAAUGAAAAUGGGAUCCGACUCAAAGACUUCGCUUCAGGAAAAAGGACGUCAGUUCGCAGCACCAAGUUUCAACCCAAAAAAAUAUACAUAAAGUCAUAAAGUUACUUGAAACUCAUCAGAUGGAGUCAUUCGUAACCGAAUUGACCAUAUUUUAAUCGAUUGGAGGCUUGGAUCAGAUAUAUUACAUGUAAGAAGGAAUUGAGGAACAGGUGCAUGCUCUGAUCAACUACUUGUUAGGGUUAGAUAUAAACACAGAGUAUGCGCAAUACAAUGGCCAAGAUCAAAACUAAAAACGAUAUGAUCAUCAAGAUCUGACCAAAGACCGACUCAAAGGAAUUCUCUAUAUGAGACUCUACGGGUUGUUUUGCAUAGACAACAAACUGACACGACUGAUACAUGUGACAUUGAACAACUCAAAAAUCAAAAUCAUGUUUGAAGUGAUUAUCCAAGGUAAUUUCCGAUUAGAUGAAGGCUAAGACAAGAAGAUUCACUGCCUUGUGUGCAUUGAAGUGAGUUAUAAGAAGCACAUUAUACUUUCUGAGUGUAGUUAAGACAUACAAAAACCUUUAAUUGAAUUACAUCACUACAAGCAGAACUGGAAGUUAAAAAAAAAAUACAGACAAAAGAAAACCAUUAAAAUUAGAAAACACACUUUUGAAAAAGUAAAUCAAAUCAAAAACCAGUGAUCCUUAAUAAAUGAAAGAAAUGAUUUAUUAACAGAAAUAAAAGAAAGAUGAUCAGCCGGAUGCCGUACAUCCUUCAGCAGUCACAAAAUACCGAAAAGUAAAAUCACUACAAGACGAACAAAGAAAACUUUAUAUAAAUUAACGUAUGUGAAACAUGGACCCUAACAAAAACAGCAGAAAAUCUAUUAAGCACGUUAUAGAGAAAAGGUUCUUCAAAAAACGGACCAUCAAAGGAUGAAUAUGGAUGGAGAGUACAAACCGACCAGGAAUUGUAUAGACUAUAUUAUCAGGAUCCCAUGAUAGAAGUAGAGAUAAAACAAACGGGGAGGCUACGCUAGGCUGCACACUUUGAAAGAAUGCCCAAUGGCAGAGGGGUGAAGAGGGUGCACCACCAAAACUUCAAACGAAAACAGUUCAAGGCAGACUUAGGCUUAGAUGGAUGGAUGAUGUGGAAAAAGAUGUACAGAUGCUGGGAAUCCAAGAAUGGAAAAGAAAAGCAUUAGUUAGCUCUGAGCGGAAGGAAGUGGUGAGUCACGCUAAAUUCCUACAGGGGGUGUAGGGUAGGGCCACCGGAAUGUAUAAAUAAUUAAAUUGUAUACAUUUCAAUGAGAUAAUUUUGACCAAACAUUGGCAGAUUUUCAGAACCAAGUUGAGCCGUUAUGUGCCGUGUCAUCUUGAGAAUUAAAAAUAUUUUUUAUUUCACAUUUCUUUGCAUAGUAUUUGAAUAUAGAUUUAGUUUUCGUUUCAUUUCGUUGCACCAUUUCCCACCGACGUCCAAAAUGUCGACCAUAGAGUAUCGACGUCUUGAAGAAAUCAAGGCUAACGCUGCGACUAAUUACCAUCAACUAACUUGAGUUUUGUUAAGGUUUGUCUACAUGCAUUAUUGAUUAUAUCGUUAUUUCUUUAGUCGACCAAAGUAAUCUAUUGACAUCAUAAUCGAAAAUUAAUUGCCGCCAUUAUCACGCGACCAUAAACGUGAUUGCCUUUAACGGAAGUCUGCACCAAAACACAGUGAAAUCGACCCGACUGCUAGAAUCAUUGCUGUUUACUUUAACUCAGAAGCCUGUGGAGAGAUUGAAAUGUAGAGACUUGUUGAACGAAUUUUUUGUACUAAAAUUUCUUGCACAUGAAAACUAACAAAUAAAUGUGUAUGAAGGGUUUUGACCUAGUUCAACGCCAAGAAUUUAAGAUACAUUCAAUAAAAUGAAAUUGACCAAGGAAAGGAUCAUGAAUCAAGAGCAGCACACUAAUUAUUUCUUAAGAGUUUUCUGAGUUAUUUCAAAUUUGUAUUUUGAGUUCCCCUCGGGCGGAGAUACUGUUCUUCCACCGAGCGCCUCCCCAGGUGGUGGUGGAUAGGGGAAAGCCCACCAGAUAUGGCGAGUACUGGGGAAAUAAAAUACCCGGGGAGGACCGCAAUCAGAAUCGACAUGGGCUGUAGCGCCACAGUGGUGGAUGGAGUUUGAUGUUACCACCAGGCUCAUUAAACAUGUCAAAAUGUUUAAUGUUUUUCCUUUUCGACUGAAACAAAGGAAGGAAUCAAUAACAAAAAAAGUUUGAAAGCAACAAUAACCUGACUGCAACUCACAACAAAUAAUGAGAUAACAUGGCUCAGACUCACAACAAAUAAUGAUAUAACCUGGCUCAGACUCACAACAAAUAAUGAUAUAACCUGGCUCAGACUCACAAACAAUAAUGGGAUAACCUGGCUCAGACUACCAACAAAUAAUGAGAUAACGUGGCUGAAAAAUCACAACAAAGAAUGAAAUUUAAGGAAAUAAAAAAAAAAAAAAACUAAAUUCUAUAUAAAAAAUCUUUGUUAUAUCUGUCGGUCACAACUCAAGUAAUAAUCUUGUCAGUCGGGUCAUGCUCAACACACCCGAGGAUCCCUGCCAUUUAUUAUUCCGAAUCUGAUAUCGACCCGUCCAUAAGUGGGAGGGAAAGGCUUAUCAAUCAUAAAUUCAGCUCUGUUCAACAAGGACCGUAACGUUAUUUUAACCUGUACCAGCAGAACACCCGUUGGACGUGAGCUGUUUACUUUUGGAGAUUAACGGGCGCAAAUAUUGGGGGGCUUGCCUGCACUUUGAUACUUUUGGUCAUAGUUGAUAUUUGAGAUUACAGAUCAAACAAGUUCUGGGGGGGGGGUUCUUAGCCCGUGGAAAAAAUCAUUGGAUGACUUUCACUGCGGAGUUAUGGAGAAGUUGAUGUUUUUUUUCUCGAAGUUAUUUGAUAUUUGAGAUUACAGAUCAAACAAGUUCUGGGGGGGGGGGGGUUCUUAGCCCGUGGAAAAAAUCAUUGGAUGACUUUCACUGCGGGGUUAUGGGGAAGUUGAUGUUUUUUUUCUCGAAGUUAUUCCAAAUGUGGCUUAAACAUAGCUUAAAAACUCCACUGACUUUGUUACGCGUGUUAGUGUGUUGCUGGCUGGUGGGAUUGACUGCAGGGUCAUUGGGUACAGUCCAAAAUCCUAAGGGUAUAAUACAUCAAGAACUUAGUUGAUUUCAAACCGAAACAUAUCUGGGGAGGUUUAUACCAGUGUCAUAAUUUUUUUUUCGGGUCUCUUUCAUGAUAUUGCCCCCCGUUGAGGGGGCAACAAGGGGCGAUACUAUUUAUUUAAUUUGCUUCUGUUCUGUAUCGCGACAGUUCAAAUCCCCACUCCCACCUCCUUUCAUAUGUAUUAAAUAAAACUUUCACCUCCAAACGCCCUUUUCUAGAAUGUUAAGCCCCCUAAAAAUAUUCCCGAUGAAGUCACCAGCAAUAUACAUUGUGCGGUGGGAAACUCUAAUGUUUGCCUAACACAUGUUUUCGCAAUUUUAACCCAUUCCCCCAUCCCACAAAAAAAAAAAAAAAUACUUUCUGUGUAAAGUCUUUACAGACACGCGACAAAGUCUGCACACAUUAUCAAUGAUGAGUUUCGAUGGUGCUAAGGCUCACACACAAACACACGAUCAAUAGAGACUUUUAGCGUUUCUUAAAAGCCCGACAAAGGAAGAAAUUAACUUUUUUUUUUUCAAUGUCGUACCUCUUCUUCAUUUGAGAACCCUUGGGAGGAUCAGCCGAUCUGAGCGUAGGAGUGAAGAACAAAAUAUUGACUGAAGAGAAUUAGUUAAAAGCAGGGUUGUUAAAAAAUAUUUCGAUUUCUACUUUUAUAAAAAAAAAAGGGAUUUCGGUUUUUUACAAAUGAUUUGAACGGUCUGCACAAUAAGUUAAUAUUUUGACAAAAGUUUGCGAAGUGAAUUUGGUACAAGUAAGAUACAUUCUCUUAUUGAGCAUUGGACAAAAACCGUUUCCUUAUCUCCUUCUAUUUUUGGCUUGAUCUAAUCGCAACGUAUAAUUUGUUUCGUUAAAGUAAUCAUUGUAAGUUUUUUUUGUUUUUUUGUUUUUUUUGUAACCACUUCGACUAAACCAACAAAUAGAUAUUGAAAAAAAUGACACUGAUCCUCGCCUAGCAUGAGUCAGGUAUAUCUUAGUGGGGUUGAUACAGACGGGUUCUUUCUGUUGCAAUCAAGGUUGGGCUGCGAUAAAAAUACACUGUCAACAAUUUAAUCUUUUUUUUUUUUUUGUGUACAUUAAAAGACACUUUACGUGAAGUAGUAUUCAGAGGCGUAGUUAAGGUGAGUGUCGCCCGGUGCGGUAAAAUCAUGGAGUCACCCCCCCCCCCCGACUUCCACGAUGUAUUUCUUCUUGUUAAAAGAAAUCCACAUUAUAACAAUGACAAGAAAAAAAAAUUAAUUAAUUGAAGGUCAGGAGGUAAAUGUAUAUAAGAACUGUAACAUGUACUUAGAGUCGCCCUACCAUAUUCGUAUUUGGUAUCAAUGGAAAGCUUUUUUCUUUCUAAGAAUUUAGAUAAAUAUAGCUUCCUGUCUCUUACGAAAGUUACGGAAAACUUCAAUCGGCGAUGAACUAUGGUCAAAAACGGUGUUUUUGAUGACCUUAUUAUAAGGUCACCUGAUUUCUAAUGCAAAAACCUUGAACUUUUAAUAAAGCGCGCAUUCGGAUUGGUUGCUGGUGUCUAGAAUUAACGUGGCAUCGGUUAUCUUUUCAUAAAAUUCGGUUAGACCAAGGGUCUCCAAACUACGGCCCGCGGGGCCCUCUAAUGCGGCCCGCGAAGACCUUUUUGUCUACGGAAAAAAAUACGGAAUUGAAUGUGUAUCCUGCCAAGAUAAGCCCCCCCCCCCCACUUUCGUGCACUGGAUUGGGUGCUGGUGUUUAGAAUUUACGGUGCAUCGGUUAUCUUUUCAUAAAAUUCGGUUAGACCAAGGGGCUCCAAACUACGGCCCGCGGGGCCCUCUAAUGCGGCCCGCGAAGACCUUUUUGUCUACGGAAAAAAAUACGGAAUUGAAUGUGUAUCCUGCCAAGAUAAGCCCCCCCCCCCCACUUUCGUGCACGCUAUGUUUUUACUGAAUUGAAAUAGAGGCGCGUUCAUGUGUGGUGUCAAUGUGUUAUUAAAUAAUAACUGAAUAAAAUAAUAUUAAAUAAAUAAUUCAAAACAACAUCCAUGUUUUGAUGCUUAUUUAUUUGGACGUCGAGUGUGUAGUCAGCCCCCGAACUGCUGUUUGAUAGUUAAUGCAGGCCUUCGGGCUGAAAAGUUUGGAGACCCCUGGGUUAGACCGAGCAGUAAAUAUACCAUUGUUUAACUUGGUGUCACCCCCCUGAGAUGGUGUCACCCGGUGCGGCCCCUUAACCCCCACAUCCCCCUAGCUACGCCACUGCCUGUAUUUAUAACAAAAGAAAAUAUUCAACGUUUCGGCGGAAAGUCUUCGACAGUUAACAAUCAUCAAUCUAAAUUUGAUACUUGUAGUUGCAAUUUGGGGGGGGGGGCGGGGCGCUGGAUGACAAAAGGGGUGAAAGUGGGAGUUUGGCGUACCUAAAUAGGGAUGGGACUUUUGCAGCAUUAAUUAUUUACAAACUAUUUUUAACCGAUCUGAAAAAAAAAUAAAUAAAGUGUCCAAUUCUUCAAGUACUUGCUAAAAUAUAUUAAGAAUUAGUUUUUUUCUUUCUGAUCUUAGCAAAGCCUCGGUUUAGUAGCCUUAAAAUGAUCUAUCAAAUCUGUGUGAUUGCUUAAACCAUUUAAAAUAAUGUUGAUGGAAACUACUCUUGUACGUUUUAUGAAAAUAAUUUUCUUUACACAACUGGAUGCUUCAUUGUAAAAAAAAAUAAAAUAUAAGACAAACUGGCUAGAGAUACUAUUCAAGAUAAAGUUUUAGUUUAAAAGAACAAGUACGGUAACCUGCAAUCUAUAUAUACGUGAUCCUCACUCUCUUUGUCCUUUACCAGACGUGGACAAACUGCGGCUCGCGAGCCGCGUGCGGGUCUUUAGCAUCUUGAGUGCGACUUGGCCAAUCGGCCAACAAGUCGGUUUUGACUCCAAAGAACAUGGUUCUUGACAGGUUCUUGAAAAGAAAUGUGGCUGUCAAAAUUUUUUUUAAUCGUCCUGUUUUCGGCUCUUUUGACUAAUGAGUUGGCCGAGCACUGCCCUGUAUCAGUGGAUGCAAAUGUAUGAUGCAAAAGGUACCUAUUGAAAGUUUGAUACACUCCUGGGAAAAUAAGACUAUAGGCGACAGAAUUUUCUAACAAAAGGAGGGCAAGUCAGCCUUAGGAAUAACUUAGAUUAUAUAUAUAUAUACAUUUUAAAAAGUAUAUUUUUUGUGGUUGGGGGGGGGGAUUAGGGUGGAGCUUGGGACGACGGAACAUUUUCAAUUUUAAUUAUGUAUAAAUAUGAUUCAACUGAGCUUAAAGGAUCUAACUAAAAAAUAUGUGUUUUUGAAAUAUUUUAUAAUUUUAAAAAAAAAAAAUAAUAAACUGGCUUCCAGAUUAAUACGAGGGAAAUUGAGAUGGACAGACCAGCCCAUGAGGUCAAUUAUUUCGUUAGGCUGUUUUACCAUUCGUCUUUCUCUGUCAAAUGGUUUUGUGAGUAGCUAAGAUUCGGCAACCACUCAUUUUACAAACGAUCGUUAAAAAAAAAACAAUAUUGUAAAAAAAAAGACUCGUGUACAAACAAGGAAAUGAUUUUAGAUGAACCUAUAACACAUACGUAUAUUCAUAUAAACGUGCGCACAAUUUAUUUUUUAGGAUUCUUUUAAUAUUUGUCUAGCAGAUUAAGGAUACUUUUCUUAACUUAAUUUAAAAAUAAAAUAUGGUCACGCUAUUUAAUACUCAAGUCUAAGAGAUAGCAUUCUAAGUAUAGUAAACGUACAGAUACAAUUCCAAGUCUCGUAGUUGUACAUGUAACACAUGUGUCAAACUCAAGGUCCGCGGGCCACAUCCGGCCCGCCGAACAUUUAUAUCAGGCCCCCGAGGUCUUGACCGGCGUACAGUUAUAUCCCCGUCAACGCUAUGGUGUUUCCCAAUGCACACUUUGCUGAAAAACUUGGCUUACAUCGCACCGAGUGCGCACGGCGCUUUAGUGACUUUGAGGCACAGCAAUUUAAUUUCGAGGUGUUUCGUAACCCAUUGGUCAGAGACGAGGAAACUGCACCUGUAUAUUUACAGAUGGAGCUAAUAGAGCUGCAGUGUAAUGGGAAACUAAAGGCGAAGUACGACACAGUUGGGCCUGCACCGUUCACUAGUUUCAUUUCCGAAGAGCUGCCCCAGCUUCGUCUACAUGGGGCUCGAACCUUGAGCAUGCUGGGUAGCACAUAUCAAUCUCAAUGACACAGAACGUUAUUCCAAACAUAAACGAACUUACUUGUUUUUAUAGCCAAGAAAAUGAGCCAAACAUCCAGCUCUGACAAAUUGGCAUAAGAACGAAAAUGGGUAUGCCGAUAAUUUAUGAUUAUUUAUAACUUUUUUUGUUUUCAUCUAUAUAAUUUUUUUAAAGAUUAAUUUUACGCUUAUUGAAUGUUUAUCCUGUUCGGCCCGCAACCUUACAUGUGAUUUGAGUUCUGGCCCGCCCAGGGAUUGAGUUUGACAUCUCUGCUCUAGAAGAAAUGCCGACGUUUAAAAUAAAGUUACACUCAUCUAUACAAAACUUAGAAAGUGGUUAAUUCAAACGGAACACUAAAUGUAAAGAAUAAGAAUAGUUUAUUAUACUAACUAACCGAUCUUAAUACACAUUAAUAUUCUUAACUAUAUAACAUGAUGUAGCCCGUUCUUCUUGCUACCGCAAAAGACUUUUUUCCUCUUGUACAUUUCAACUUUUUGUGAUUUUCUCUCAUGUGAAGCUAUGAAUUUCAAAUUUUUAAACAAAUAUCUCUCUCUCUCUCUCCCCCCCCCCCCCCCCCCCCCAAACCUGCUUCCGGGUUUCAGACAACGCGCCCCCGAACUUCCCAUUUCUGUCAGCUUGAAAUGAAGUAGCCACAACUCUAAUCCCUUGAACCGUACCCACAGUCUAAACUCAAACAAAACUCUGAGCUCUACGGUGCUUGGAGGUUUUUUCCAAUCUUGCUCUGUGGAUGAUAGGAUCCAUGGUGUCCGAAAUUGUAAACACUUUUUGUUUCUCUGCUCAUUUUGAAACAUAUCAGUCACCAGAAUUUAGCUUUGAAAAAUUAAAUAUAUUUUGUUUGCCUAAAUCUAGAUAUCACCCCCUCCCCCACACACCUUUUUCCCGCUUAGCGAUUUUAUGUGUAUAAUUGUAGACCUACAUAUUUAUCUCUGUUAACUAAAACAAUUAUUAAAGAAUCAUUGAAAACGUAUGAUUUAAAAAAAAAAUUAUCACUUUUUAUUCACAUUAUAAGAUACAGAAUCUUAACUGGCGCAAUACUCUGAGGGGGGAAAAACCCACAUUAUUGCUAUUCCUAUUAUGUAAAUGGGUUUGAAACCACUAAUAAUUUAUAAUGUAUAACAACUAGCUCAUAGCCCCGUCGCUACCUUGAGAUAUUUGUAAAACUAAUUGCAGUAAAGUGGCACUACAGCCAGGGGCCACAAUUAAUGAUCAAAGUCGUCCUUGAACCUCCCUUGACCUUAAGAACGACGUGACUACCAACCCGUCGCACUUCUUCUUACCGAGCUAUGUGUACUAUCUCAUAAAUGAUAAAAAUGUUUUUCGUCCUUCGCACGCUAAGAUGACCAAGGACAUUUCAGACUUGGACAGUACGGUCUUUUGGUUUGAAAUGAGGGAGGGUUGAUCAGCUCGCCAGCCUCACUCUCUAUUCCUUACAUUUUUGAUGCAAAAGAAAGACUUGGCCAAGACGACUGGAAAUAGACUAGGAUGCAGUACAUGAUCAGAAGUGUGUGAGCGUGUGUGUGUGUGUGAGUUUGUGUUUCCCUGUGAUCUUUAUGCGUUCCAAGUCACAGGCGGUGUCGGAUUUUUCACUUUGUCAGUGUCAUACCGCCUACGGGACUCCAUCUCAUGGUUUUAUUUCGAGUUUGCCUUCUCUUAGACGAGUUGCCAUCCAGUGUUGCCGAGUCCCAUCCACCCGGGAUUCAGGUGAUAGUUUGCUGGUCUAAGCGUGUCGCUGGGUAUUGAAUCAGCUUGGGAUUGACUCAGUUUAAACCGCUUGCCCCCCCCCCCCCCAAGCAUACACAAAAUACAUAAAUAAUGUCACAUAUAAUAUUUUAUAUCAUAUCACAUUUUAUCUUCUAAAAUUAUAAAGACUUUAUUUUCCUAGAUGCACAUUGACUCGGCUACUUUAUUUAUGCCACUGUUAUGUUUGGAUGAUGUCUUCUUUGCCUUAGUUUCGCUCUACGUACACUUCAUGCUAACCAGUGAUGAAGCUGAAGUUAAUACUAAUAUUUUUGCUCCCUCCCACGAGAAAAAAACUAUGCAUUAGGCCAAAAAUGACGCCUAUAUCAAGUGAAAAAAUGUGGACCACCCCCCACACCCCCCUUCCUACGUCACUGAUGGAAAAGGAAAAAGGAUGUAUAUUUAAAAAAAAAAAUUAUGAAAAGACUCUAAAUACUGGAAAUUGGAACGCAAUAAAUUCGUUUGACGAAAAUUAGUCAGACCCUACUGACGUCAGUCAGACCCAACUAACGUCAGUCAGACCCCACUAACGUCAGUCAGACCCCAUUAGCUACAUUCAGACCCCAUUAGCUACAUUCAGACCCCAUUAGCUACAUUCAGACCCCAUUAGCUACAUUCAGACCCCCAUUAGCUACAUUCAGACCCCCAUUAGCUACAUUCAGACCCCCAUUAGCUACAUUCAGACCCCCAUUAGCUACAUUCAGACCCAAAUUAACUGAAUUUCUGCGGAUGGACAAAUCGGUUGGUGUUUUUGUUCGACCAUUGAAUCUUCUUGAUUGCCUCCUGUUAACUCUUAUUCUUUCCAAUUUUUCUGGUGAGCUCGUUCCUAAAUACGUCACAUUUUUUGGGAUACUUAAAUUUAAGUGGUAUAACUUUAUUGACUUCUGAGGUAGAGGAUGAAUGCGCGGCCAAAGCUUUCUGUCAGCUUCUUGGCCGUCGUAUUCAGUCUACCGAAAAGCCUUUAAGGGGAAGUAAAAAAAAUAUAAUAUUGGGUGGCGCAUUUUAUUUCUCCUUAUGUAUGGACUUUUCACUAUAUUAGCUGCGUAUGCUUAAUUUGACAUUUUACAGAAAAUUGCACCAAAAAUGUAUUAGCUUAAGUUUGUACUGAACAUUUUGGAUACAGUCAUUGCUCUUACAGUUACGUUUCAUGAUUUCCUGGGAGUGCAGAAAUCAACCUGAACCUAAAAACUAAUGCUCCACUUCAUUUGUCCAUAUCGACAUGAUAAAUCCACUUCAAAUAUUCAUAUUUAUAAUUUAUCCACUUGAUUUAUCCACCCUAAAAUACAGAAUGCUUGACUGCACAAUUCAUAAAAGGGACAAGUGCCCCCUUGACCUACUCUGCAGACGACAUUUGUCCAAACAACUUUAAAAUAAACUCUCAAAACUAUUUUCACAUUUGCAAGCUCUAUAUUUUUUAUUUAUACUUAUUUUUUUAAUAAGACGAUAUUACAUUUGUUAUAUUCGUAUGUAAAAGACGUUAUCGAUAUGUGAAAAUCUCUCCGAACGUUCGAUCCAACAAACCCCUCAGGUUUACUGUUUCAUUGCGCGGGUCUCAGCGACCAAACCCCCAGACGGAUCGAUACUGAUCAGCGCUUCCAAUGACUGGAACGGUGAACAAAAACGAAAACCGAGUUGACCCGGUAGAGCUCUAAGAACUCACGCCUGGUGUCGUCUGUCGGCAUACUUUGGCGGGAACUCUUGGUGGGUGGACUGCACUGCGCAGCCUUAUUGUUCAAACCAUUUUGAUUGGAUUAAGUGUUCAUUGGCUUUGUGACAGCGUCAUUUUACCAAGACUAAUAAAGAGAGCGAACUAAUCCUUAAAACAAAAUUAACUUGAAAUUAUGUGGGAAAAAAUGUUUCAUUUUAAAUUAAACAUAAAAAACCAGAUGAUUUUUUGCAGGGAUAGCCACUUUAGAUGAGUUAUGCAGGGAUAGAUGAUUUAGAAGAGCAAUUGCAAGGAUAGCUAAUUUAGAUGAUUUAUUGCAAUGAUAAUCAAUUUAGAUGUGUUUUUGCAGCUAUAGCCGAUUUACUACUUGUUGUUUCAAGUUUUCUUUGAUCUUCAAAACAGCUAAGUAAAAUAUGCUUAAAAGAUUCAGCACACACAUAUGAUUAUUGAAGCAGUUUUAAAUGGUGCUCUUCUACUUAUUUACAAAACAGAAAAGAAUUAUCUUUACAACUUUACAAUGCUUUGUACUGGAAAGUGUUAUUUGUAUUAAGAAUAUAACAAAAAACUAAUUCCAGCUAUUGUAUGACAUAAAAUUUCUGACGUGUUUUGCAUUUCAACGAUAGUGGUUACUUUCCGUUACCUAUGAUGAGAAAGGUAAUAGUUAACAUUUUGACAAAAAUUUUAUCCUGGCAAGAUCAGACUACAAAAGUUUCAAACAUCGUGGAAUAAUUUCAACACAGUGACCCGCAACCAUGAAUUUUCUAAUGUUUCCUAAACUGGACGAGUACGCCAUCGAUCCGGACUUGAUCAAUGAAACGCUGGACACUCGCACGUCAUCUAGGUCGAAGUCAAACACGUUACGCCUGCUGCUACCAAACAUUCUACGACAAAGGAGUCGAACGGGCAGUAAAGCCGGUCUUAGAGAAAAGCAGACGAAGCGAGCUCGUGGCUACAACGACACGAGACUUAACACCGUUCGACGUACCACCAAAGAGCAUUUCCGGCAAGACACUGCCUUUAAACCUCCCGAUUUUGGGGAAAAUGAUAACCUUAAGGAUAGAAUGAGUUCAAGAUCUCAGUUCUUUAAAAGAUGGAGCAACUUCCCUUUGCCCUUUGACACACAGGAAUCCCGCAGUCCCUCAGCUAAAGCGGAGGUUCGUUCAAAAGUAAAUGAUGCGGGGACAACCCCUAGAUCCCGGAAAAGGCAAAAGGAGAAUCUUCUCCCUGCAAUCUCUCACUCGAACGAUGAGGCUCCCACAAGAAGUGAUUCACGCGGCGGUAAAACCGUGAAAGAGGUGAAGUUUUUCCCCGUGAUGCACCUCCAAAAAACGGACGAUGAUUCCCAUAUUUACAGCGAAGAGGACAGCGCCAUUCUCAAACGCCAGAAGACUAACAGCAAGCCGUGGAGCUUGUAUCAAGUGAUGACACAGAUAAGUCACUCGCCUACUUCCCCCGUGGGAUUGAAACAAGGACCUAUGGAAGAGAAGCCCAAGGGAAAGGUUAAUUAUUUGAGCUUUUUAAAAAAAAUAAAUAAAUUAAGAAACAAACAAAAUAACAUCAUUUUUUCUUAAACUACAAAAGAAAUAUACUAAACAUUCACAUCAUUUAUGAUGUAUGCUAUUUUCAUGGACUAAUGAAUGGAUAUAAAGUAUGCACUAAAACGAACACUACUGAAAAUCCCGCAUCUUUAAAACGUGUAUGCGUUUGUCAACAAUGUAUAUCUUCAGCCACCUCGUGUUCCCUGAAGUGAAAAGGGAAGACACGUAGGUGAGUUGGAAAUGGUUCUCUCGUCUGAUGAAAAAACUAUUCACAGAUGAGCAUUACUUUCGUAAGUGGCAAGCUGUUGGAGUCUCAGUACUGUUACUUUCGUCACAUCCAUACGUGGAUUUUCAUUAAAUAAUCAUGUAGUUUAACCCCCCUCCCCUCCCCCACCACACCACCACACAUGUUACACCAUGGACAUUUGACUUCGAUAUCAAAGUAACCCAAACUGAGUAGGUGACAAAAUUUGACGUAGAUGAAAUUAUGAGUUUGUUGAUACCAUCUUUGAGAUUGUAUCCGCCAAUGGUUGCAUUUAUUAACUGUUUUUGGUAUCACUAGAUUGCUGGGAGAUUUAAAAAACUCAUCGUUGCUGUCAAGAACGUGC